AUGUCAACGGACACGGCCAGCCCCGCACCAUUCACGGAUGAUCUGGAAAAUAAGUUCUGGCAGCAGUACAUGCCGUCCGGGAAGCUUGGGCUCACUCCGCAGGAGGCCGGAACGGACAGCGUGAAGGUGGAUGAGCAGGGCAAGUCGACACAGGGCGCUGCGCAUGAUGAUGAUCAAAGAGGUGGCAAGUGGGCCAAGUCGGAAGCGGAUGCGCGGAAGGGCAAAGGCCGCGCAACCGGACAGCAGCAGAGCUGGAAUGGCAGGAACCAGCGCGGCUCGUCGCGCAACACUGCGCGAGACGAUGGGCAAGACACACGCUGGCGUGGCGGAGAUUGGCGGCGAUCUCAGGCCGAUGAAGGAGAUGUGAGGCGGCAGCUGCAGGUGUUACAGCGCUUGGUUUUGCGUCAUGAGGGCGCGAUCAACUGCCUUCGCAAGGAGUUUUCUUGGGUACUCUUUCUGAAGACCUCUGUGCCAUCGUCGAUCGUGCCAGCUCUUGCGCAGGCAAGAAUUGGAUGGAGCGAGACUAAGUCCAAGAACCCCUCGAUGGUGGCUCAUCGGACGGAUACUAAGCUUCAGGAGGACAUGGCCAACCUCAAGUGGUUCAGUGUUGCUGAGCAGUCCUGGAGCUACAUGGUCUGGGAUGCGGAGAACAAGCUGCUUAUCCCAGAUGGAUCGCGGCGGGGUCUGGGCGUGGACAAAGCUGUGGUCCAUGUUCAGAACAUUCUCAAGCACGCGGCUGAGCCCGACACCAUUGCGCGAUUUCAUCCCACGAGGCCCCUGGUUCCGGAGCUUAAGGGAGACGCCAUAACUAUGCUUCUGCAGACAGGUCUGCAGACACAGGCGUCCUUGGCCCUACAUGAUGAUCUUCGUGCGCUGAGCGGCUCGGCAGUUGGACUGUUGGUUGGACUCCAGAUGAAGCCGGACAGAGGUCAGCGCUCAGCCCUUGCGCAGGCCAUGGCAAAGGAUCUCCCACCCUAG